AUGGCAAGCCAUCUCGUCGUCCUUCUCCUCGGUAUCCAUGGAAUCCUCGCUUCUGAAGGCCCUGUUGUAGAUCUUGGGUAUGCAAUUUACCAAGGAUCUGUGCAAGAGGAAUCUUCGAAUUUGUACAACUUCUCCAACAUCAGAUAUGGUGAACCGCCGAUAGGUGAUCUUCGAUUCGCGAAGCCUGUUGCUCCCAAAGGACGUAACGUAACCAUAGACAAAGGCGACGUUGGCCGUAUUUGUCCCCAGGCGAUGGCCGCUUGGGAAGUCUACACUUCAUUCACUGGACCGGACUUCCUAAGUGGCAAGAUCUCGACUCUUACAGACGACCACAAACAUGCUCUGCAAGAGCCUUCAGAUCUUAAGAUAGCAAUAGAUUCUAGAGAGACAGAAGAUUGUCUCUUUCUCGACGUUGUCACGCCUGUUGAGACUUUCGAUAGCCCAGUAAAGAAACUGGCGCCCGUGAUAUUCUGGCUGUCUGGAGGCGGAUACACGACUGGUGAGAAAGGCUGGUUUGAUCCAGCAGGUCUCAUCAAGGCGAGCUACGCGUCGAGCCCGGAAGGAUUGGUCUUUGUUUCUGCAAAUUACCGACUUGGUGCUCUUGGAUGGCUUGCUGGAUCGAAACUGGACCCCGAAACGAUGGUAGCCAAUGCGGCACUUUACGACCAGAGACUGGCACUUGAAUGGAUCCAAGAGAAUAUCCAUCAGUUCGGCGGCGAUCCAACUCGUGUGACCAUCAUGGGCGAAUCAGCUGGAGGUGCCAGUAUUUAUCAUCACCUGACCGCUUUUGGAGGCAAAGAUAAGACAACACUCUUCCAGCGGGCAAUCCCUCAGAGCACUGGCUGGGUUCAUAUCGCAAAUGGAAAACUCGAGAAUGAUGUUAUCGACAAGUUCCUCGCUCUUGCCAAAGUUCCAGAUUUGAAAGCGGCUAGAAAGCUGUCAACUGAAGAGGUUCAAGAGGCUAACCGGCUUCUGAUCUCAAACUCUGCUUGGGGAACAAGUACUACUGGUCCAUUCGUAGAUGGGCUAUAUGUACCAGAGAACCCGGAUAAGCUCUUCGCAGAGGGGAGGCAUAUUCAGAAUGUGGAUAUCUUGAUUGGCUUCAACCAAGACGAGGGACUGAUCUUCACAUCUCCCGAGUCGAAUGACAAUGCUGGGUUCCGCAAGUUUUUGGAGUCAACAUACUCCAACGCCAGCCCCGAGACACUUGAUCACAUCGAGACAAAGCUCUACCCACCAGUAUUUGAUGGAAGCUACGGGUACACCAACCAAACGGGUCGUGCCUCCAUCACCAAGGCUGAAUCGGAGUUCACCUGCAAGUACGGAAUCCUGCAGGCCGCGUAUGGAAACCGAGCCAAGAGCUACCGUUUCAACGUUUAUCCCGGCCUUCACGGUAGCGAAAUGCACUAUACUUUCUACAAUGGUCCAAAAAGAAACCCUGAGGUCGAUGAAGCUAUUGCUGUUGGGUUUCAAGAGCUCCUGACGAGCUUCGCAGCGACUGGGAACGCGACUUCGCUGGCCGCUCCUCAGGGGGUGCCAGUGUACGGGGAAGAGAGGCGUAUGCUUUACAUCGGUAACGAGGGCUUCGGUAUCACCACGGAUGCGACUGUUCCAGAGCGCUGCAAGUUCUGGCAAAGUGGGAUUUAUCUGUGAGUUUGUAUUAUCGUCGCAGUUAUUAUGCCAAGAGUCGACUGGCGAAGAGAUGCUUGCGGCAGCC